UCGGACUAAUCAUAACAAACCCACGAAAAGCCAUCGUGGCUACGGAGAUACUCAUUCGCGAUCAAAAAAUAGUGCUAAAAUGAGCAGCAGUUAUUACUUUGCCAUCGUUGGCCAUAACGAUAAUCCCAUAUUCGAGACCGAGUUCGUAACGGUGAAUAAGGAAGCGAAGAAAGAAGACCAUCGCCAUCUGAACCAAUUCAUUGCGCACGCCGCACUUGAUCUAAUUGACGAGCACAAAUGGAAAACGAACAACACGUACCUGAAAUCGAUCGACAAGUUUAACCAAUGGUUCGUGUCCGGGUUUGUGACGGCCAGCCAUCUGCGGUUCGUGAUGGUGCACGACAACCGGAACGAUGAAGGCAUCAAGAACUUCUUCAACGAGAUGUAUGAAACGUACAUCAAAUAUCUGAUGAAUCCGUUCUACAUGCCCAACACGCCGAUCAAGUCGCUGGCGUUCGAGAAGAAGGCCCAGCUGUAUGGGAAAAAGUUUCUCGGAACGUAAUGGGCCACCCGCUGGCAUAGUAAGAAAAAGACGGUAUGGGUUAAGGGUUUUGAGAAAAAACAUUCGAAAUCGUUACAAUUAGCUUACGAAUAACAUAUAUACAUUGAAAGUCAUCUACUCCA